CAAAAUUGUCGUCCAUCUGGCGUCGGCUGAUCAGAUAGAAUAGACGCUUUUUUUUCUUUCAUUUCUGUUUUCUACACCACGUUUGAUACAUAAUUACCUAAUUCAUAUUUGUGAAUACAGGAAAAACAACAGAAUUAUAUAAACUACAAAAUGGCACAAGGUGCUUUACCCAACCCAAACACAUUGUUACCUUUGGAGCUUGUUGACAAAUGUAUAGGUUCCCGAAUACAUAUCAUCAUGAAAAACGACAAAGAAAUGGUUGGAACUCUGCAGGGAUUCGAUGAUUUUGUAAAUAUGUUACUAGAUGACGUGACUGAGUAUGAAUCAACACCAGAAGGGAGAAAAAUCACCAAAUUAGAUCAAAUCUUAUUGAAUGGAAAUAAUAUUGCUAUGUUGGUGCCUGGAGGCGAAAUGCCGGGAGAAAAUUACGAUGGACAGUAAAUAAGGGUAGAAUAAGUGUUAAUUUAAGUGUAAAAUUAAAGCUAUUGAAUAAGAAA